AUGCGCGCCCAGUCUAUCGUCUCUGCCAUCGCAGCUGUGGCUGUUAGCCACGUUGCCGCUCAAACCACAGGCGAACUCGGUGAUGCCGCUGUUGUCAGCAACCCCGCGGGCUAUGUGUACGAGGCGGUUCUGCCCGAGGAGCCAUUCUUCAAGGGUUCUCUGGAAAGCAACGUGAAGGGUUCCAUCGUUGCCAUGUCGGCUCCGGACGGAAAGGGCGUCGAAUUCAAGGUCAAAUUCUCCAACCUUCCCACGGAAGGAGGCCCAUUCCCCUACCACAUCCACGUUGACCCCGUUCCCGAGAACGGCAACUGCACCAAGACCCUCGCUCACCAGGACCCCUACAUCCGUGGCGAGGCCACCGCUUGCGACUCCUCCAAGCCAGAGACCUGCCAGACCGGUGAUCUGAGCGGCAAGCACGGCGCCGUGGGCGUGGAUGGCUACGAGAAGACUUACGUCGACCCUUACCUCUCCAUCGUUGAGGGUCCCGGCUCCUUCUUCGGCAACCGAAGCUUCGUCUUCCACUACGCCAACAAGACCCGUAUCACCUGCGCCAACUUCAAGCUCGUUUCUAAGCCCGACUCUCACGACAACUGCACCACUACCACCUCCGCCGUCGCCGGCACUGGUGUCGUUCCUACUCCCACCUCAUCUCCUAGCACCACUGGUUCUAGUGUCCCCUUCCCUGGCGCUGCUUCCGUCAGUGGUGCCUCCGUCUCGUGGGUCAUUGCGGCCUUCGCUGCCGUCAUGUUCGCGCUUUGA